GGCAGCGACCCGCCGCCGCAGGCACCGCCGCCGCCCGCCCUCCAGCGCGACGGGGAGCCGCUGCCACCGCCCCGCAUGGAGCUGUCCGCGAUCGGGGAGCAGGUGUUCGCAGUGGAGAGCAUCAGGAAGAAGCGCGUCAGGAAGGGUAAAGUAGAAUACCUUGUGAAGUGGAAAGGAUGGCCCCCAAAAUACAGCACAUGGGAGCCAGAGGAACACAUCUUGGACCCUCGCCUUGUGGUGGCUUAUGAAGAGAAGGAAGAAAAAGACCGUGCAUCAGGGUACAGGAAGCGAGGCCCCAAGCCAAAGCGCCUCUUACUGCAGAGGCUGUAUGGCAUGGACCUAAGAAGCACCCACAAGGGAAAGGAGAAGCUCUGCUUCUCUCUUUCAAGGAGAUUCGGCAGUGGUGGCAGCGGAGGAGACAGCAGCUUGCCAGGGGCCAAAUCAGGGCAGACAGAGCUAUCGGAGAAGAGUGGGGGAGGGGUCUUGCCAUUCCCACUCCGGAAGCAGCGCAAGAACCAAAAGUAUUUGCGGUUGUCACGGAAGAAAUUUCCACGUGUGUCAAGCCUGGAGAGCCGUAACCGCAGGCGUGAGUUCUUCCUGAAGGACCCGGUGGCGCUUGAUGCUCAGCAGACUCCCAGUGACUGGGAUGGUACGCAGCCCGCCAGCCAAGAAGCAGACAUGGAUGCAGUUGAUGGCAGCCUCCCCUGGAUCCCCACUGUGCCCCCCAGCGAAGUGACGGUGACGGAUAUCACGGCCAACUCCAUUACCGUGACCUUCAGAGAAGCACAAGUAGCUGAGGGCUUCUUCCGAGACCGGAGUGUGCAGUUCUGAAUUUCCAUUUUUAAUGUCCCUAAUCAAAUUCUCUUUGGGGGGGGAGAUUAUCUUACUCUUAAAAAGAAAAAGAAAUAUCCAAAAUGUUUUCUCUUCAAAUGUUUACAGAGAAUUUUGAUUUUAUUUGACUGUUGAAGGCUCAUUGAUUUUUCUUUUCUUUUUCCCAUUCAGAUAUGCAAAAACAGAGAGCUAUGUAAGGGGUGCCUGUGUUGCUAGUUUGUUUUAGUAUAUAUUCACUAGUCUGCUGCUUUGUAUGUCUGAGAAGCUGCCACGCCUUUCCCUGGCAAAGACUUCCCUUUUAAGGCCGCUUGCAAAAAAUCUCUGUCUCUCUCUUCCCUUCACCCCAUCUAAAUUAGAGAGGUUGUUAGCUGUGUUAGUGUGAUGUCAGGCAGAAGGCAGGGUAGAGCCUGCACCUUACAGGCUAACUGAAUCAGACAUGCAUAAGCUUUCAGUGGGUGCGUCUACAUGAGAUGCUUACUGUGCAUUAGCCUAAUAACACUGCACAGAAGCGCGUCAUGGCAAAAAAACAUUCUAAUAGCUUACU